AUGCUUGUUCAGGUGGGCAAACGAUAUGUGUCAGAGCAACGAGAAAUUGACCCGCUCUUCGCGAAAGCCAUGCAGGAGCUCCUCUCCAGAAGCAAAGUCUUCCAAGACACCCAUGAAGAGUUCAUCCGUGAUCUCAUUGUAUCGUGCAAUCGGAGGGAAUAUCCCGUCAAUCGAUACCUGAUGGAGGAAGGAAUGCAGGGAGACUCGAUGUAUGUUCUCUUCAAGGGCGUCGUGGAGGUUACAUCUGGAGGUCGAUAUGUCUGCAAGUUGAAAGACGGCUCUAUCAUCGGAGAGACGGCGCUUCUCAACGUGGACAAUCGCCGGACCGCAUCCGUCCGAUCCCUUGCGAGAUGUGACGUUGCCAUAAUCUCGCGAUUCAGCUUCCACUCAAUUCUGGAGAAGUACCCUUGGGAAAAAAGGAAGUUUCAAAGGGAGAUGAAGCACAAGCUGAUGGAGCUAGGGAAGCUGAUCGACGUGAAGGACGACAUCAACCUGGAACAGCAGGCGACGCAGUGCGAUGCACUGAAGCAACUGCCCUUCUUCUCGGACAGCAGUGAAUCGAUGCACGAGUUCGUUGCAGAGCUCGCGAUGAAUACGUCGACAUACUGGUACAAACCCGGGAAGGUGUUGAUCCAGGAAGGCGAUGGCAACUGUGACGAGAUGUUUAUCUUGCUUCGUGGUGCAUGUGAGGUUUCUUCAUGUGGUCAGUUCUUGGGAAGGAUAGAGAACGACAUUAUCGGCGAGAUUGGCAUUCUAGAUUUGCUUGAGCGACGGACAGCGACCGUGAAGACGGCCAGUGCCUGCCAAUGCAUGAAGCUGUCCCGGCAGGUGAUGGUUCCGAUCUUGGCCAAAUAUCCGGAUGCCCGGCUGCGUCUGCUGGAGCUGGCCAGGACUCGCCUGACUGCGAUCAGCGAGGCGAUGAAUGGACCGCAGGGUGGCCCGGAAAACGGCACUGUCGCAGUUCAAGACAUUUGUGGACGCCUGCCUGGGUGUGCUAUUGGAUUCGGCCCACACGUGCAGCAGGUUGAUGCGAGUUUGCUUGCCAUGAGCCCCAUCUUCCAGGAUGCCCCAAUUCCUCUCGUCUAUGCGCUAAGCCAGCGCAUGGUGGACAAGAAGUUCGAGGAUGGAGAGGUUAUCCUCAAGGAUGGGGAAGGCUUUCAGCCUGGCCGUGACUACGUUUACUUCAUCGUCAAAGGUGAAGUAGAAAUCUGGAAGGAUGGUAACUUCGUCGUUCUGCUCAAGGAUGGAGAAGCGUUCGGUGACCUGGCUGCGCUGCGAAAGCUGGCGGCACGGCAGGCCACUGCCAAGGCCAAGGGUCAGGUCUCUUGCAGAGCCGUGCUUGCAAGAUCCUUGCUGGAGGUUUUGGAGCAGCACCCAAAUGACCUGGUCAUGGAAAUCUGGGAAGAAAUCAUGACGUUCAGGGAGGCGCAGAUGAAGCAGAAGUUGGACUUGCAGAACCACUUGACGCAUAAGACGGUUGACAUCGACUUCAUGUUUUUCAAGCUUCCGGCGAUGCAGAAGGAUCCGCUUUCGUAG